GAAAUUGAGCAAUAUCCAUUGGAUUAUUCGACACGUUUAUCAGCAUUUCAUUGUCUAAUGUUAUUAAGAUGUUUUCGUGUUGAUCGAAUUUAUUUAGCUAUAACACAAUAUGUAACAAAAAUAAUGAAUAAAAUUAUUUUAUAUAUUUUUUUAUUAUUAUUAAAGAAUAGAAUAAUAAAUCAAACUUUUUUAUUUUUUUAGCUGAGCAAUUUGUUACACCACCUGUUGUUCAUUUUGAAGCCAUUUGGGAAUAAAGUACACCAUUAUCACCAAUUAUUUUUAUAUUAAGUGCCGGCAGUGAUCCAACAACAGAUUUAUUAAAAUUAGCUGAACGAAUGGAAUUUGGUGUUACUAAAGUGAAAUUAUUGGCAAUGGAAUUGGAAAAACAUCUUGAUAAAAUGUCAAAACCACAUCCCGAUGUUCGUUUAUGGCUUACAACAGAGCCAACACCUAAAUUUCCUAUUGGAAUAUUACAACGAUCAUUAAAAGUUGUUACAGAACCACCCAACGGUUUGAAAUUAAAUUUACGAAAUACAUUUUUUAAAAUAUCUGGUCAACAAUUUAAUGAUUGUCCACAUGAAGCAUUUCCAUCAUUAGUAUUUGUAUUAGCAUUUUUUCAUGCCGUUGUACAAGAACGACGAAAAUAUGAUAAAAUUGGUUGGAAUGUAUCGUAUGAUUUUAAUGAGUCCGAUUUUCGUGUUUGUAUGCAAAUAUUAGAUACGUAUUUGACAAAAGCUGUAGCAAAUAAUGAUACAAGAAUUCCAUGGGGCUCAUUGAAAUAUUUAAUUGGAGAGGUAAUGUACGGUGGACGAGCAAUUGAUGAUUUUGAUCGACGAGUAUUACGAACAUAUAUGAACGAAUACAUGGGGGAUUUUAUUUUUGAUACAUUUCAACCAUUUUAUUUUCAGCAUAGUCCAGAUGUAUCGUAUUAUAUUCCAACAACACAAGUAGAUCCACAACAACAAGGAUUACCAAUGAAAGAAAUGUGUCUAGUGUCAUAA